CUUUCCGUUCAGCUCUGACCUCUGAUGCCAGAGUUACUUCCGUGUUCCGCUCACCUGUUACACCUGUGUUACCGCUCUGUACCGGGUAUAGGUGCGUCUCCAGCUCCGCCGGUGCACCUGCUGCGUUAUCGUGCCAUGACCGAGGAGUUCACGACUUGCGAUUUAACAUGCUCGUCUCCCACGGGUGAUCCGAGGGGGAAAAGCAGGAAUAUGGACUGUGAGCAGCCUAUUUUCUCCGCGUUGGGCUGCGGUGGGAAGCAGCAGGAGGCGGGGGGCGGCAUCGCGCCGGCGAGCACCUGCGUCGUCCGCGACGGCAGCGGUGGAGCCGCUUCACCCACGGCGACCCCCUCCGACACCGAGUCCGGGAUCUUUUCUGUGGAAUGUGAGCUCUGCGUGGAGCACGAAGCUGAGCUGCAGUGGUUCUGUGGGACCGAGCAGAAACUCAUCUGCUCCAACUGCGCCAUUGUGGGCUCCUGCCAGGGACACACUGUGACCCUUGUGGCCGACAGAGUUACCGCAGUCAGAAACCAGAUGGUGGAUGCCUGUGAGAAAAUGCAGCUGCAGGCCAUUAGGAUUGAAAGGUUUAUCGAGCAGACGCUGACGGCCAAAGAGCAAAAUGUUCAGGCAGCGGCGAGCAGGGCGAGGGAGCAGGUCCUGGCCCAGGUCCGCAUUGCCCGUGAAGCCCUGGAGGAGGAGGAGCAGCGCCUCUUGGAGCAGGUGCAGACAGAGGAGGAGCGGGUGGAGCAGUGCCUCCUCACCCAGAGAGCCCACUGGAAACAGUCUUUGGCGAUUCUGACGCAAACCCGUUCCCGUUUGGUGAACACGCUGACGCACACUCCGGACACACAACUAGUGACCAGUGUCCAGGAGAUAGUUGAAAGGAUGGAGGAAGCUGAUGGGGUUGGGGAGCCCUGUGACACAGGCCAUCUGAACCUGAACCCAAGCUGCAGUGACAGCAAGCUGCUCCGAGCUCUGUGGGCUACUGCAGUACUGCUGGGGCCUAACGUUUAUGGAUUACCCAAUUUAAAGUUUGAUGAGCGUACCGUCAACCCUCGUCUGUGCCUCUCUGAUGACUUCUGCACUCUGACCUACCAACACAAAAAACCCAGCCAGUCUCCAACCUACGACCCGGCACGGUUCGACAGUUGGCCCAACGCCCUCGGUUCGCUGUCCAUGUCCUCCGGCACCCACAGCUGGGUGUUCGACGUCGGCCAGAGCGGUGCCUUCAAGGUCGGGGUCUGCUACGCCUCCAUCGGGCGCAAAGGCUCCGGGAACGAGGCCCGGCUGGGCUACAACGCUCAGUCCUGGGUGCUGUCCCGCUACGACGGAGAGUACUCCUUCUGCCACGCAGCCACGAAGGUGCCCCUGGAGGUGGUGAGGAGUCCCCGGAAGAUCGGCAUUCUGCUGGACUGGCCGAGUCAGACGCUGCUGUUUUAUGAGCCGGACUCCAACGCCAUACUUUACUCUGUCACACAACACUUCAGUGCUCCGCUGCUGCCGGCGUGUGCCGUUACUGACCGCAGUAUCACCAUACUACACUGACAGAGAGCACACAUGAUGGCAAAGAAGAAAAUAAUGUGAAGAAACGAGAGGGAGAGACAACUUUCUCCAAUGUUUUAUGAUCAGAUCGUGCAAUAAUGAGAACAGUCACAGCAUCACUGAUUUCUUAUUUUUUAUUACCAGUUUUUAAUCACUGAAUAGCUCAAAUUUCUUUGUGUGAUUAUAGUAUAUUAUAUUAUACAGUAGCUAUUUUGACUGACUGAUUGUAUUUUUUUAUAAAGAUUGUUUUUGAUAAUGAUUUCACAUUCCACAAGACAGAAACUAUGAGUUACAUCCAGGAUGUAACUCAAAUAAAUGCCAUACAAAAAUCAUUUUGUAUUAAUAUCAUUCUGCAGGUUAUUUGUUGAGUAAACUUAUUAUUACAAA